CAAUGGCUAUUUCUUCUUUUUUGAGUUUCUUUUUUUUGCUCAUAUGUUGUUUUAAAAUAUGUCAAGGACAAUUAGUGCCAGCAGCCUACAUGUUUGGUGAUUCUUUAAUUGAUGUUGGUAAUAAUAAUCAUAUAGCUACCAUUAUUAAAGCUAAUUUUCCUUAUAAUGGUCGUGAUUUUCCUGGUGGACAACCUACUGGAAGAUUUUGCAAUGGCAAAAAUACUGCUGAUUUUAUCGCUGAGAAAUUAGGAAUACCAACACCUCCCCCAUACUUGUCUGACAAGAACAACCAGUUUCCAAAAGGUGUAAGCUUUGCUUCUGGUGGAGCUGGAAUCUUCAGGACCACCAAUGGUGCAUUAAUUAGUUUUGCACUUCAUAUGUCUCAACAAGUACAGUUUUUCUCAGUGGUGCAACAAAGAUUAGUGAAGCAAUUAGGAGCUGAUGCUGGAAUGAAGCAAUUAUCAAAAUCUAUAUUUGUUGUUGUCAUUGGAAGUAAUGAUAUAAUUAAUUAUUUUAAAUCUGAUUCAAAACUCUCAAAGACAAAAGCACCCCAACAAUAUGUUGAUGAAAUGGUCUCUACUCUACAAGGACAACUAAAGCAAUUACAUGGACUAGGUGCAAGAAAAUUUGUGAUAACAGCAAUAGGAUCAGUUGGAUGCAUGCCAUUACUAAGAUUUCAAAGUGCAAAUAAUUCAAAUGAAUGCUUCCAACAAGCUAAUUUUUGGGCAGACAAAUAUAACCAACAACUUCAAACUAUGCUUAAAGGAUUAAAGGCUGAGCUCAAAGAUAUCAAUUACUCAUUUAUCGACACAUACGCUUUGUUGCUCGAUAUAGUCCAGAAUCCAGCUAUUCACGGUUUUACUGAAGUGAAAUCUGCUUGUUGUGGACUUGGAAGACUAAAAGCUACAGUUCCUUGCACCCCGGUUGCUCUUGUCUGUCCCAAUAGAAAUAAGUAUGUUUUUUGGGAUAGAUAUCAUCCAACUGAAGCUGCUGACCGUUUAAUUAUCAACACAACUUUUGAUGGAAACAACAAAUAUAUUUUCCCACUAAAUGUGAAACAACUUAUUGCCUUGUAAUUUUGCAUAUUUUGAGCAUAGAAACAAAAAAAAAAACAAGAAAAAACACCAAGGUAACUUUGUAGACAGGUUUUUGUCUAUAUACAUUUGAAUUAUACUUUUUGUUGUAAUCAAUUUCUUGCAAAUAUCUAAAGUGAAAGUUUUUGUA